AUGGAUGCAUACAACUCCGAUCUAGACCAAUGGAACAGUUUCACAGAAGCUGCCACAUUUUCGACGCCAAGCAAAAAAUACCAGGAAGAAGGACAAGGGAAUCGAAAACCAGUGAGCCGCAGUGAUUGCAAGAUUCAAAACUCUGUGGACCACGAGUCGCGGGGAACUGGGGUCCGACUUCCACAGGCUGUGUAA